UUCAGUCUUGAUUUGGGUCAAUAAUGUAAACACCGGAUACGAAGUUCAGAAAAAAGAGAUUUUUUUUAGUAUUAUAAAGAUGAAUAAAGGAAAAAUAACUUUCGGGAAAAUUCAACUUAAGACAGCAACCGCGAACAGCGAUGAGCCAACUCCAUCAAGUUCCGGUUUCGGCUCUUUCGGUCGUACUGAACCACCACCAGGACCCAUACCGCCUGGUUCCAAUGCCGACGUAGAAAAACUUUCCAGCGAUUUGGAAAACAGUCGUAUGCAGGAGCUAAUGGGUAUCACUGGAUUUGGUCGGAAGGCAAAACAGUUCGACAUCAACGAAAUGAUUCAGAAAGCAAAGCAAAACGCCCCCAGAGCCGAGGUGGAUCACGAUGCUAUUCCCAAUCCGUCAGGAGAAUCGUCAGAAGUAGACGACGACGACAGUGAAGCGGAAGCCGUUGGGCCGAUGCCUUCGCUGAUGGUAUCGUCUGAAGGCGAUAUUACCAAGGGUAAGAAAGAACGCAAACAGCAACGCGCAGGUGAAGGUAGUGAUGAUAGCGACAUUGACGAGGAUGACGACGAUUUUGAUGAGGAUGCUCCGAUCAACAAGAUUCCAAAUUCUCACGAAGUUGAGAUGCGACACGGCUCUAAAGCUGUCAUAUCACUAGCAGCCGAUUCCUCUGGAGUGCGAUUGGCUUCCGGGUCGGUGGAUUAUAAUUUAAACUUCUGGGAUUUCUCCGGUAUGGACAAGUCGAUGAAGAGUUUCCGAAGUUUACAGCCAUGUGAAAAUCAUCCAAUCAGAGAUUUAGCUUAUUCCAGCACGGGAGACAUGAUUCUUGUGGUUUCUGGAAGUUCACAGGCGAAGGUGUUGGAUCGAGAUGGGUUCGAAAAAAUGGAAUGUGUAAAAGGUGAUCAGUAUAUAACGGAUAUGAUGCGGACAAAAGGGCACGUAGCAGGAUUGACGGGUGGAAGCUGGAAUUUUGCCAAAAAGGAAGAGUUUUUGACUAGUGCCAUGGAUUCUACGUUGCGAACAUGGGUUUUUGCAAAGUCCAAGGAACAGAAAAAUGUCAUAAAGACGCGAGCCCAAGGUGGGCUCAAAACGAUUCCAACUUGCUGUACUUAUAAUCGUGAUGCGACCUUAAUAGCAGCUGGAUGCAGUGAUGGAUCGAUACAAACAUGGGACACUAGGAGGAUGUUUGUUAGUACAACUCAUUGCGUCCGUGAUGCCCAUACUAAAGGCAACGAUAUUUCGUCGGUUUUAUUCUCCUACGCUGGUCAAACCCUGGCAACAAGAUCAACUGAUGAAACCCUCAAACUGUGGGAUAUGAGAGCAUUUAAAAAACCGCUGCACGUUUUCGGGAAUCUAUUUUCUCGCUACGAUACGACUGAUUGUUGCUUCAGUCCUGAUGACACUAUGAUACUUACGGGGGAAUCACUUCCAAAGGGACAGAAACUAUCCAAUCUAUACUUCUUCGACACCAAAACUUUUGAAACUGUGUCAACCAUUCCCAUCACAGAUUCGCAUAUUAUUCGAACGCACUGGCAUCCAAAGCUGAACCAGAUAUUCAUCGGUUGCGGUAACGGAAUCAUUCGUGGAUUAUACGAUGAAAAACGAAGCAUGAGAGGAGCUAAACUAUGUGUAGUACGAACAUACCGCAAGAAAAAAGACAUGGAGAUGGUUGGAGCCGCGCAGGUCAUUACUCCUCAUGCUCUUCCCAUGUUCCGCCAAGAGAAAUCGCGUUCCCACCGAAAGAAACUGGAGAAGGAUCGUCUGGAUCCGGUGAAAUCAAAACGACCCGAUUUGCCUAUCACAAGCGGACAGGGAGGACGUGUCGCUAGCUCUGGAGGAACUCUUUCAUCAUAUGUUAUCAGAAAUUUGGGUCUCAGCAAACGGGUUGAAGAUGACCAGGAUCCGCGUGAGGCAAUCUUAAAGUACGCUAAAGAAGCAGCUGAAAAUCCUUAUUGGAUUGCUCCAGCUUAUACGAAGACACAACCGAAACCAAUAUUCAACAUCGAAGAUGAACCAGACAGUAAGAAACCUAAAACCGAAUAAAUGAAAUUAAUUGAAAAUAAAGUUCUACUCACCUACCAGUUCAUGUGAUGUUCAAA